CAUUUGUGGCAAUGCCCAAGGCGACCAUAAUUUACAGCCGACGUAUAGAAGUUUACUGCAGUAAAUUACUGACUUAUAGUGCUGAUUAUUCUACAGCGAGGUUGCUGGUGUAACUAAACAGCUGAUUUUUUCAGAAAAGAGAUGAAUGCUAAGAGUAAAAUGCACGGUAUUGCAUUGGCGCAAGUUAUUGUCGUGGUGCUGUUAGAAUGUGUUGCUGCAGUAGAAGAUGAGUCAGUCGUUGUUGAGAUUCUGGCUGGAAAAGUUGGCGGGAAGAUUGAAGAAACAAGAUUGGAUGGUCUGUAUGUCCAAAAAUUCCUCAAUAUCUAUUACGCAGAAGCUCCAGUAGGGAAGUUAAGAUUCGUGAAGCCUCAACCUAAAAAGCCAUGGAACGGACUGUUGGAAAAGCCCGAGGAUAAGCCGAUAUCGUGCCCGCAAGGUGUUAAAGUUCCUUACAUAAUGUCUGAAGAUUGCCUCGUUCUGAAUGUCUGGACACCACACCCAAGACCAAAAUCUGCUACGGUUAUGAUAUAUGUUCAUGGAGGUGGAUAUACGCGAGGUACAUCAGGAAGCUUUCAUGGACAUUCAUUUGUCGCAGCUGCGGGUGGUGACGUCAUUCUUGUUACAAUAAAUUAUCGAUUAUUUGAUCUUGGAUUCUUGGUGACUCGUGAUGAGAGUGUCAGAGGGAAUUUUGCAUUGUUUGAUCAGAGGUUGGCUUUUAAAUGGGUUCAUGAGAACAUUGAGCGAUUUGGUGGUGAUCCUGAUAAGGUGACGAUAUUCGGAGAAAGCGCGGGAGCUGGAUCCACUUCCUCUCAUUUCUUUUCCGAAGAUAGUUGGCCAUACUUCCAACGAAGUAUUUUACAAAGUGGAAGCAUCACUUUUCCCAUGGGAGUAGUCGAUAUGAAUUACGCGAAGAACAUGUCAGAAGAAUUUCUUGGCCAAGUAGGAUGUAAGAACGAUGAAAAGGUUUUGGAAUGUCUUCAGAAUCUUAGCACUGAGGAAAUUAUGGAACAUUAUCGCACUACAGAAUACUCCAUGACUAAAGAUUUCAUGUUGCCUGUCCUUGAUGGUGAUUUCUUUAAAAAACUGCCGGCCAAAAUGCUUGAAGAAGGACAGCACAAACAUGUAGACUUGAUGAUUGGCGUAUGUGAACACGAAGCAUUCCUUUGGCAUUUUAGUAAUCUCCAAAAUAACCAAACAACCGAGUUUUACAUUAACUAUUUUAAACAAAAUCUUCAAUUUGAAUUAAAAGAUUUCUCUGGUGAUGUACACAAGAAGGCUUUAGAGCUCUACGAACCAAAAUGCUAUCCAAAUUACGUUGAAGCACUCAGGCCAACGAUUGACUUUCAAACAGACAAGUACUGGAGUUGCGAGACAACCAAACUUGCAAAAACGUGGUCCGAUCAGUCGAUUGGUAAAAAUGUUUAUGUUUUCCGAUUUUCCUAUGCACCACCUCUGGAUAUAUUGGUGUACUAUCCUCAAGGCACUUUUGGUUUUGCUGCACAUGCUUCAGAUCUCAUGGGGACGUUUGGUAUGCCUAUUAACCAUCGACUUUUCCCAGAAGAAGACAGGGUUAUGUCAUCGCGAAUGGUUACCUAUUGGACAAACUUUGCCAAAAAUGG